UGUGUACAAGAAAAAUUUUUUCCCCUCGCGAGCUGGAAAGACCGGCCAAACAGCAUUUGAAAAAUGUACUCGUUGUAGGUCAAGCAGUCUUUUCAUCGCUCUCGUAUUUCGACCGUUUAUAGCAGGAAAUAUGAAGUUUACAGUGUUGGAGGCCGAUGGCAAGGCACACGAAUUUGUUCUUACGGGGCACAAACUCGGGCAACAGGUUCUGGACAAGGUCUGUGAGAAGCUGGGAAUCAAGGAAAAAAAUUAUUUUGGUCUUCGAAACUCUGUCAAUGAUAUCAGCGUCUGGCUAAAUCUGAGAAAUCCGGUUUCAACUCAGCUUCGCCCACAUUUGCCUGGAAAACCUCAUCGACUUCGCCUCGAAGUUAAAUUUUUCGUUGCACCCCAAGAACUUCAACAGGAGGAAACGAGACACCAGUUUUAUCUCUGUCUCAAAAAGCAAAUCGCCGAAGGAAAGUUCAACUUGACGCAGGAGAAGGCUGUUCAACUGUGUGCUCUGAUGGCUCAGGUGGAGUAUGGAGAUUUACACUCGAACGCGCCAAGAAGCUACCCCCAAUUUCUUUCUCCCUGGAGCAGGGACGACAUGGAAAGAAAAAUAGCUGAGGCCCAUAGGAAGCUAGAAGGGAUGUCUUCAUCAAUUGCAAGAGAUGCAUUUCUUAAUGUUAUGUCCAAGGAGGAGCUCUAUGAUGCAGAAAUUUUCAAGGCCAAGGCAGGAGGACAGAAAGUUUUAGUUGCAGUAGGAAGUAGUGGCUUGAAAGUUUACGAGAGAAGAACUCAUGGGAAACUUAAGCAAACCAUUGGGUUUGAGAGCAUCAUGAAGAUGAACCUGUCUGAAGAGCGGCUGAUUGUUGUUUUGAAAAAAGCAUCGGAGAACAGCAAGUUAAACUUUGUCCACUUCUUCCUUGCCAGUGGUGACGCUGCAAAGGCAAUCCAUAAGGCUGUCAUGGAGCACCAGCUGUUUUUCUACUCAAGUAAAGUGCGGCAAUCAGUUCUCAAUCACUACUUACUUUCCACUCCUUGUUGGGCCCUACCAGCCAAGUGGUUCACCAAGACACCGUCGUGUGAACUGUACCACUUAGAUGUCAAGCAUACUAGGCGUCAGGCCUAUGACCUUCACUAUGAACAUGUCCAUGAGAAUAGUGACACUGUGUUCAGACAGGAGUGGGUGUCAAAAUGUUCCAAGUGUAACUCUGCAGAAGCAAAUACACUGUUCACACCUUGUGGCCACUUGGUUUUCUGUGGAGACUGCACUGAGGAUGGAACUGUGUGCCCAGUGUGUAACUGUGCUGUGACAAGCUGGCAAAGAGUUUAUUUUUCUAAUGAUUCAGAAUGUGAUGACUGGACUUGCCAGAUUUGCAUGGACUCUGAAAUUAACACAGCAUUUUCUCCUUGUGGACAUGUGUGUUCCUGUGAGAGCUGUUCACGCCAUCUUCCCUACUGUCCCAUGUGCAAGACAUUUAUUACUUUUGUUCAGAGAAUUCAUGUCCAGUUCCCAGAACAUCCUGGUGAAAGUGAUAAUGAUGAUGAUGAUGAUGGAAACGAUUCAUCUUGAGGUUGACUUAUACAUGACUUUGUUAAAUUGUUUUAGUGACGUGAACUUUUGUGGGAAAUAAGGAAAAUAGAUAUUAGUGAUUGAUUGAUUGAUUGAUUGAGAGAAUUACUGAUUGAUCAUAAUUUAACUUAUUUUGUAUGGGUGACAUUACAUUUUGAGCAUUUGUUUGAGUCAUUUGUCCAAGCCAUCACUUUCUUUCAGUUCAAAUAUGAUGAUUGUGUUACUUUAUUGUCACUUGCAAACUUAUCUUUAUUUUUGUACCCCUUAAAACUGGAUACUCAUUCAUGCAAUUAAUUAUUGUUGUUCAGAAACAUUUAUUUAUUUUACUAAGAGAAUAUAUUUAAUAUAUCACAGUCAACCUAAUCAACUUUUAAGAUCUUUAAUUUUGUAGGUUUCCAUUUCAUUUUGAUUACUUUUUAGACAUGGCAUUACUUAAUUAAGUCACCGGUGUACAGGUUUAACUUAAAAAGUGGGGAAAAAAAACAAAAAAGUCAUUUCUCAUUAUAGGCAGGAUGUACCAUGCGGUUUUGAUUUUUGCAACUAUACCUAAAUCCAGUUAAUGUCUACAUGGUUGUGUGAUGGUUUCAAAAUCCAUAUUAAUAUAUUUGUGAUCAGUUAGUUUUUGGUUUCAACUAUUUGUGGAUCAUUUCCAUGCAUUUAAGCUCCCUUAUGUCCAAAUAUUAUAUCCCUAGCCAAUUUACAGGGAUAAACUGAAACAAAAGUUAACUUACCCAAAGAAAAUUGAAAUCAAAAAUUAACUACAACAUAGACAUAUUUGUAGUGGAAACAGGUCUAAGUGGAGUCAAAUCUGGUCUAAUUGCAAGCUAAAUAAGAGGACUGUGAAUUGGGAAUCCUAAAUUUUGCUUGAUUGCAAGCAAGGAUGCAGAAUUGGACCUGCUAGCAACAAAUCAAAACUAUACCUCUAUAGCUGUAAAUUUAAUUUGACAAAACUGUUGAUUAAACCCCUUGAUAAACGAAAAUUAUAACAGUUGAGUUCGUUUUUAACCAAGAUACAUAAGAAAAGUAUUCAUUCAAGUCGUAAUGUCCAAAUUACUCUGCCACUUUUCCACACUGCUUAUUUUGGCUUAAUAUGGACCUACUGAUAAUAAUAUUAUUGAAUUUGAUUUUUAUUUGAUAGUAAUAGUUUUGCUGAAGUUCUGAAUGUAAUUGCCCCUUUUGACAUCGAGAUCUAUUGAGUAAUAUAUAUAGUAUCUAUUUAUUUUUAAUCUAGUUUAAGGUUUAGGACACAACUUUGCGCUUUGAAAAAAAGUGAUAACUAUUUAUAGAUGAACAGAUUCUUGAAACUGUGUAAGGGUUUGGUUGCAAGGGCUAGAACCUAGUGAACCUCGUUGUAAAGAAUGUCAAGAUUAUAAAAUUAAUAUAAUUAUCAAGAUAUUGUAAAUGAUGUGAGUCUGUAUUGUACAUUAAUUUUGUUUCCUUUUAGCAGAGAAAACAGUUACUUCAUCUUUUUUCCCAUGGAAAAGUGCGAUAAGUUAAAGAAAAAUAAAGUUCUAAAACGUUGAUAAAAAGAGUACUUAUUAAAGGAUAUUUGUUUUAAAAUGUA